AUGGCUGCCACUGAUGCGGAGCGGGUUAAGCCCACCAAGCCCGAUGAGGCCGCCUACAAGGCCAGUCUCGCUGAGGCUGAGAAGGAGCACACUGCUGCUCAGGAGAAAUUGAACCAAAUCAAGGCCAAGUUGGACAACGCAAAGCCGAACAACCAGGAUUCGCCUACCGUUAAGAAGCAGCAGGAGCUGCGCGCCGAACUCUCAGCCAUUCGUCAGAAGCAGUCCGGCUUCAAGUCCAGCCGGUCCUCCACCCAGGAGAAGAUCAAUGCCCUGGAUGCCAACCUCAAGGCCCGCAUUACCGAGCAGAACAACUCUCGCGGACGUCUGUCUUUCAAGAGCGUCGAGGAGAUCGACAAAGAGAUCGCCCGCCUCGAGAAGUCGGUCGACUCUGGCACCCUCCGCCUGGUGGACGAGCGCAAGGCCCUCACCGAGGUCUCCAACUUGCGCAAGCAGCGCAAGAGCUUCGCCGGCUUGGACGAGGCACAGAAGGGCAUUAACGAUAUCAAGGCACAGAUCUCCGAAUUGCGCAAGACCCUCGACAACCCCGAGGCCAAGGCGCUGAGCGACAAGUACGCCGAGAUCCAGAAGGAGCUCGAUGCCAUUAAGGCCGAGCAGGACGCUGUCUUCAAGAAUCUCAAUGCUUUGCGCGAUGAGCGCACCAAGCUGCGUAACGAGCAGCAGGAAAAGUAUACUGCUAUCCGUACCAUCAAGGACACCUACUUCAAGGCCCGCCGUGCGUACAAGGAGUACGAGGAUGAGGCCUGGCGUGUGCGCCGUGAGCGCCAGAAGGCUGAGCAGGAGGCCUUCUUGCGCGAGAAGCGCAAGAAGAACGCUGAUAAGAAGCUUGAGGAGGCCUCGCAGCUUGCCUAUGCCGACGAGAUCCUGACUGCACAGGGUCUGAUCCGUCACUUUGACCCCGCCUAUGACUUUACCGCUCUGGGUCUGAACGAGAAGAAGGAUGAGGGCAGCAACUUCCGUGCCGGAGUUGGCCGCACUGUUGAAGCCGCCGAGAUCAAGGGAAUGAAGGUCGUGCGCAAGAACGACGAGGAGGACUACUUCACCGGUUCCGGUGGCAAGAAGGGUAAGAAGGGCGGCAAGAAGGGCGGCGCCGCCCCUGCUGAGAGCACCAAGUUCAACAUGAAUGUUGGUAUCAUUGAGGAUUUCGCCAAGGUCAAGAUCGACCCUCCCAUGAACCAGGCGGAUGUCCCCGCCUCCGUGGAGAAGCUGGCUGCCAAGAUCACCGAGUGGAAGAAGAACCAGGCCAGCAAGACCGCAGAGAACAUCAAAAAGGCCCAGGAAGAGAUUGCCCGCAUCGAAGAGGAGGAGACCAAGGCCAACGCCCCCGCCCCCAUCCCCCAGACCAACGGCCGGGCCACCGAUGCUGCCAAGAAGCCCGCUCAAGAGAACGGCGCUCCCUCUGCUGAGGCUGAGCUGGCUCAGGAGCACGAUGCCGUGGCCGACGUCGAGGAAGAACUCAAGCAGGCCUCGAUCGAGGAGAAGGCAUAA